AUGUUCCGGAGCCCAGCCGCCGCUCUGCUCCGCCGCCUGGCCCCUCGCCUCUCCGGCGGCACAGCGGGCUCCGCCUCAUCCGCGCGUCGGACCCUCCCUCCUCACUUAGCCCCCUCAGUUCUUGCCCGCUUCUCCUCCACGCCCACCUCCUCGCCGCCACCGUCGUCUUCUGCCGGCGAACGCGAUGACGAGGCGGAGGACCACGAGCUCCCUGGAGCAGCCAGGCUCAGUAUCUCUGUGGACCGCUCCGGUCUCUGCAGUCCCCCAGAGCACUCGCACGAGCCGUCGUCGGACUCUGAGCUAAUCAAGCACCUUAAGAGCAUUAUAAAGUUCCGGAGUGGGCCGAUAAGCGUAGCCGAGUACAUGGAGGAGGUGCUUACAAACCCGCAAUCUGGGUACUACAUGAACCGGGACGUGUUCGGGGAGUCUGGGGAUUUUAUCACGUCGCCGGAGGUCAGCCAGAUGUUUGGAGAGCUGAUUGGUGUGUGGGCGAUGUGCCUGUGGGAACAAAUGGGACAACCAGAGAAGGUGAAUUUGAUUGAGCUUGGCCCAGGACGAGGGACUCUCCUGGCAGAUUUACUUCGUGGCUCAGCAAAGUUUGUUAAUUUCACUAAGGCACUCAACAUUUACUUGGUUGAGUGUAGCCCUACAUUGCAAAAGGUGCAGUACAAUACUCUGAGAUGUGAAGAUGAACAUGAUGGUGAUGAAAAAAGGACAGUCAGCAAACUCUGCGGAGCCCCUGUUUAUUGGCAUGCCUCCCUUGAACAGGUUCCUUCAGGAUUGCCCACCAUAAUUGUUGCUCAUGAAUUCUUUGAUGCCUUACCAAUCCAUCAAUUUCAGAAAGGAUCACGCGGCUGGUCCGAAAAGAUGGUGGAUCUCGCAGAAGACUCAUCGUUUCGCUUUGUUCUAUCUCCACAGCCUACAGCCUCUUUAAUCUUCCUCUCCAAGCGUUGUCAAUGGGCUAGUUCUGAACAACUUGAGAAAGUUGAGCAAAUUGAAGUCUGCCCGAAAGCAAUGGAGAUCACCGAACAGAUCGCAGAUAGAAUCAGCUCAGAUGGUGGAGGUGCUCUUAUCAUUGACUAUGGCAAAAACGGGAUAGUCUCUGAUAGUCUUCAGGCAAUCCGCAAACACAAGUUUGUCCACAUAUUAGAUGAGCCUGGCUCUGCUGAUCUGAGUGCCUAUGUUGAUUUUACUGCUAUCAAGCACUCUGCCGAGGAAGUUUCAGAUGAUAUCUCUGUCCAUGGACCAAUGACUCAGUCCCAGCUGUUGGGUUCUCUUGGUAUCAACUUCCGAGUGGAAGCCCUUAUGCAAAACUGCGACGAGAAACAGGCCGAGUCUCUGAGGACAGGCUACUGGCGUCUGGUUGGAGACGGAGAAGCCCCAUUCUGGGAAGGUCCUGAUGACCAGACGCCCAUUGGAAUGGGCACCAGGUACUUGGCCAUGGCCAUUGUCAACAAGAAGCAGGGCUCACCUGUUCCGUUCUCACCUGGUUGGAGACGGAGAAGCCCGUUCGAGUGAAGCGGUAACAUCUUUCCUUGUGUACUCUAUUCAGCAGUGAAUAAAUAACAAGACAGUUCAGUUUAUAGACAUGACAGUUCAGUUCCGUAAUACACACUGGGUGUUGACUUUGAACAUUUACUGGGCUGAAUACACGUGAGAUAGUUUCUUGGUUGAUGAUAGAUUUGUUUUGCA